AUGCCGCGCUCUGAAGAGGCCGAGGCGUGGUCGAAUGCCGUUUACGCUGCCAUUCAAGAGGUUCCUUACGGCAAAGUCACGUCGUACGGCCAUAUCGCCCUGCUUCUGGGUGAACCCCAGAGACCUCGUCAGGUCGGUGUGUGCUUAAAGUCCCUUCCAAAUGCAGAGUCGGGCCUUCAUUACAACUCGGCCACUGUGCCAUGGCAGCGGGUGGUCAACACCAAGGGAAUGAUCUCGCACCGCGGUCCUGGAAGUGCAGAGCGUCAGGCACAAGCCCUCAGACUUGAGGGCGUUGAGGUGCGCUCGGACUCGAUGGGAGAAUUUCACGUCGAUUUCUCGCGCUAUGGAUGGUUUCCCAAGCAUUUACCCAGCGAGGAGGGAGAUGGCGAGAGUGAAGAUAGCGAUGACUCCGAAUGA